UCCGUUUCCAUAGGUUUCCCUCAGAACUGCAAGACGCCGAUAUUGCAUUACAUUGUAGCAAAAUGGCGGCUGUCAUUCAGAAUCCACUAAAAGCGUUGGGUGACCAAUUCUACAAGGAUGCCAUUGAGCAGUGCCGCAGCUACAAUGCCCGUCUCUGCGCUGAACGCAGCGUGCGUCUGCCGUUCCUCGACUCGCAAACUGGCGUGGCCCAGAACAACUGCUAUAUCUGGAUGGAACGUCAUCACCGCAGCCCAGGGACGGCAGCCGGUCAGAUGUAUACGUAUCCGGCUCGCUGCUGGCGAAAGAAGAGACGGCUUCACACCAGCAAUGACCCCAGCCUGGGGUUUUUUGGUCUCAAACUUGACAACGGCAUCAUGUCCAAGGACACGUUGCCGACCCAGAGCACAACUUUAGAAGCUCUGCUACGUGGCGAAGGUCUAGACAAGAGGAAUUCCAGGAACGAUGAGGAGAGUUUGCUGGAGAUCCAGAGAGUUCUGGAGGCAGACGCAGCAGAAGAUGGUUUCAAUGACGAUGACGACUACGAGGUGGACACUCCCAAGAGGAGACACCGGGGGAAAGGAAGGGGUCGGGGUUCAGGCCGCAGGAAGGCAGAUCUAGAUGAUGACAAGCCAUAUGUCUGUGACAACAGAUACAAACAAAGGAAUAACUCCAAAUCAUCAACCUCAGUCUAUGCGAAGCGCUAUAGGAGCCGUACUGGACUAAGCUACCACUAUACCAAUUCCCACUUGGCAGAGGAGGACAGAUCCGGGGAGAGGAGUUCUGUGCCAUCCAGGUCUCCAUCUGUGCAGGCCAUGGACAGACACAAACGUCCAAAGGUUCCGAUCGGGAACAGGAUUCCCCAAAGACACUGUGAGAAAUGUCAGAACGCCAACGAGAAGCUCAUGAAAUCUGGCUCCCCCUGCACUAUCUGCCAAUGCAAAACUGAUGGCGGCGAGAAGGAGGACGGCGGCGGUGGCGGCAACGUGGGUGGCGCCGAGGAGCUGUUCGCCACCACGUCAGAGAGCGACGCCUCCACCUUUCAUGGCUUUGAGGACGACGAGCUGGAAGAGCCCGUCGCUAACGGCAACGGAUUAUCCAGCCGUCACAGAUAGACGCGAGCCUUUUCUAUUUUAAAAAGAAAAAAAUACUAAAAACAAAAAACAUCUGGAUUCAUCUCUGGCAAAAUCUGCUGCUUUUUUUUUUUUUUUCUUCAACUUUUUGUUUGCAGAAAGCACAAUGAUCGCUUCAGGACAAAAAAAAUAAGUUGUAUUUUAUCUACUGGACAUUAAUUUAUGAACUUUUAUUUAUAAAUAUAUCUAUAAAUGAAGUCAACUAAUGACUUGGAAAACUGAAGUCCCCCAUUCCCCCUUUGAAGCAGAAGGAGCAUAAUAUCGUGCGAACAAAUAACAAAAAAAACACUGGAGCAAUCAUAACAUUGAACAAAGUAACCUUUUAAUGUUUGGAGGCUUUUGAACAUCCUUUAAGACCCUUGAUUGCAUCGAAGGAUUUUGCGAUGACCUUAUUGUGCUCCGUGACUCUGGAUUAUAUUCAUUUGCAAACAUGAAGAACCCGAUGAUUGGACUACUGCAACCCAUUGGCAAUGUCGGAAGAUGGAGUCUGUUUAUUUUUCUUUAUUGACACAAGCAUCUUAGUCAAUGAAAGGAGCCCUCGGCACAGGAGCAGCCGAUUUAACGAGCCUUCAUGAAUUUGGGCCUAAACAAACCUGAUGAGUAGCGGACGGUCUGACGUCUGUUACAUUUGCGGGCCAUGUGACUUCCAUGAAGCUCCCCUGACUAUGUGAAGAACUGAUUUCUUUUCUGGGGGAGGCGGCAAGGGGAUUUUGGAUCAGAGCCACCUUCAUGGAGAACUCUGGCAAAACUACCGAAGGCCUUUGGACUUACUGGGGCCUGGACGUGCCCCUUCCCCUCUACACCGCCCCCCUCCUGCCUGUCCGCUCGUGCCGUGCGAGUGCGUGCGCUCCGUGUGAUCCGAUGUGACACUAAGACGUCAUUACCCUCAUCACUGUGCCAGCCUGCCGCUCUGCAACACAAACCAGCUCUGACAGCCAUAGCCUCCCCCUUUCAACCUGAUUGGACCAGUGACCCCCACCAACCCCCAGCCGUUGUCGGUGCUUAACUCCACCACUGGUACAAGCAGACCUCUGAACCUUUGUUUUUCGCUUGACUUGAAUUGACACGCUUUCUCAUGCCGUUCGUACCGCUUCUUACAGUUACCUCUGGCCGGCAAACUACUCAGGCAUCCUUCAUUUACGCUCUGCCGUCGAUUGUUCGGCCCCUUGUUGCGGCCUAGAAUCAUGUGAUUGUAUGAGCUGGCGCAGAGGGGCCCUAACGGGUCCCAUGAUGAGUGAGUGACACUACCAGGAACGCUGCUGAAACACUGCAAUAAUUCACUUUGUGUGUGUGCGCGCGAGUGAGUGGAAAGAAGGCAGAGGAGUGUGGUCUUAACAUGUAACAUUGAUGGUUUGAAAUGGGAAUGGGCAUUUGGCUUGUCGUUCACUGCCAUACACGAUGAUAGACUUUUAAUCUAUUAUAACUGGGAGUUCUGGUAGUGAUCAUUCAAUGUCUGCCAAUGACUUAAUGGAAUGGAGAGAAUUAUUUCAAAAACAACUCACGUUAUAUUAGGACAAGUGAUAAUUUGACAUUAGACCCCAAAACCUUUUCCGUAAGUACAUGUUUGAAAUUGGUACAUUGACUUUUCAUGUAUAGGUAGUCCCCGGGUUACGAAGGAGUUCCGUUUCUACGCUGGCGACGUAACCCGAAUUUCUGCGGGUCGGAAUCAACCCUUUUAAAUAACUAUCCAAAAAGUCCUAAAGUAUGGUUUUGUUUAAUGGUGGAGGAUACACUGCCCUCUAGUGGCAGCAUUGGGUCUGGCUGGACUGUUGUUCAAUGCUUCCAUACAGGAGCACGCAGAUGUUAGGGCUGAACGUUAUUUGAAAAAAACUGACAUUAUAUAUAUAUAUAUAUAUAUAUAUAUAUAUAUAUAUAUUACGAUAUAUGUUACGAUAUCUAAACUAGAAUAAUAUUAACUAAACUUGAAUAGCUCUGUUUGGAAAAUUUCAGUUGACUCACUAUGAGCAGAUUGAAUUCCUUAGAGAUGUCCGGAUCCGAUCAUAUGAUUGGAAAUCAUCAGCCGAUCGUGCCAUUUUUCAGAGGAUCGGAGUCUGGUGAAAAAGAUCGGGUUUUUAACUAAAAUAUAUUUGACAAAAUAUAUUUGUUUAUGCUUCAUGCUUUUACAGCCUCUCACUCUCCCUCCUAAAAAGCAGUGAGACCAAACUGUUUUUCUUGGUCACCAGUGCAGCUGGCAUUUUGUACUUAAUGAUGAUUGACAGGUUUGUAGCUUUGAUCUGCCCAUGGACGCCUCGGUAGCUCUACGAUCAAAGGCUUAAAUGUGUUAAUCAUCAUGAAACUUGGUACAUAGUCUGAAGUGUGCUGUGGCAUUCGUGGGUGGAUGGCGAGAUAGUGUAAAGCAAACAUGUCCAAAGUCCGGCCCGGGGGCCAAAUGCGGACCUUGGUCAAAUUUCAUCCGGCCCCCAGCCGCUGUCAUAAAAUCAAUAACGUCUGGCCUGCACACAGACUUAAUAAAUUGGUCAGCAGUACUGCUACCAGCAUAUGAAGUAGCUUACACACUAAAUGCUGCUCCUCAUUUACCCAGUAAAAGGCAGGAGCACUCUAAGCGACAUUACCCCCGUGACUCUUUAAUCCCAAUUUUCUAAAAUGGUGACAACAAAAAAAAAGUUGACUGCGACGGCAGACGCUUCAAAAAUAGGUGGAAAUUGGACUAUUUCUUCACUAAAAUACGCUGUGUCUGCCUCAUUUGCAAAGAGACAGACGCUGUUUUUAAAGAAUUCAAUGUGAGGUGAUAUUACCAAACGAGACAUGCUGACAUGUACAAGAUUACAGGAAAGAUACGUAGCGAGAAAUUGAAGCAACUUGAAGCUAGUUGAAUUUUACAGCAGCAGUAUUUCACAAGAGCCCGUGAGUCGAAAGAGAACGCCACAAAGUUUAGUUGCGCGAUUGUUGAAAUUAUUAAUUUAAAAAUAUGACACACGGAAUGGCUUGCUAAAAUUUGCUUAAAUAUAUUGUUCUACGUAAAGAACGUCAGCCAAGGUCGGCCCCCCACAUUUUUACCACACCAAAUCUGGCCCCCUUUGCAAAAAGUUUGGACACCCCUGGUGUAAAGCGCUUUGAGUGCCUUGAAAGGUGGAAAAGCGCAUAACACCAUUUACCAUUUUAUAAGUGAGAGGCUGUUCUGCAGUGUGAGUGUCAAAGCAACAACGACAACAAAAAUUCUGAAUCAGAUCGGGACUGUAUUGGCAGAUUCUCAAAAUCAGGUGACUUGGACUCAGACUCGGGUGCAAAAAUAUGCGAUCAGGACACCACUGGUAUUCAUAUAAUACUGUUAUGAGGCUGAUAAGAGUUUUUAUCCGUGAAUGAUGAAGGGACCCGGGAAGCCAUGUCUGCACAAUCACUGCUUUUAUGAAGGAAAAAGUUAAUACUAAGGGAAAAAAAAAAAAAAUCGCAGGUCCUGCUAUGGGACUAUUGGGCAUGCGCACAUUGCAAUGGUGAUGUUCAAAUGAUAUAUUGUGCAGGCCUAUAUGACGUGGAUGAAGGAUAGCUGCGCUCUGGUUUGGACCACAUAAGCCUGUAAGUUGCUUCAGCUAAUAUGUUUGUAUACAUUUGUAAUUAAGUUUGGAGUUAGGUGUGAGAGAUUUGCUAUGAGAAUUGUAAACACGUUAGCAUUCAUACCAUUUAAGCUAGCGGACUUUUGUAAAGCAAAUAUAGCUACUGUAAUUUUCGGACUAAGGCGUACCCGACUAUAAGCCGCCAAUCCCCCAAAUUUGACACAAAACGACAUUUGUUCAUAUAUAAGCCGCAGCUGUCCUCACUGAAUUAUGGGAUAUUUACACCAAAAGAUAUUAACACUUUGACAGCAGCAUCAUACGACUGUCAUAAGACCAAAUGAACCAGCGUGAAGCUUUGAACCAACUGGCUGCAAAGCUUCAUUGCUUCAAGAAGCUUUAUUUGGACACCACUGCUCCCUUUGGGGAGACUGCCAACCUCUGCUGUCAACACUGUUGUCAUCCAACAUGCCUCCUAACAUACAUUGGAGCGUUACAGAUGUAAAUAAUCAAAAUUCAUGUUCUGUGCUAAUUAUUUUGUAACACUUUAUUUGACAGAGCCAUAAACUGUCAUAAUUAUGACAUGACAUGGCCAUUAGCCAUAAGCAUAAAUGCUUAUGACAGAUGUCAUCUGGCAAGAUAUCUCAAUUUUGAAUGGAUGUAAAGAUCCGAGUUGGACAUAAAUGGAGUUAAUUUAUGCCCACGAUAGUGUCAUGUCAUAAUUUUGACAGUCUUAUGACACCGCUGUCAAACAAAAUGUUACUUUUUAACCCAAAUCAACAAAUAAGCCGCACUGGACUAUAAGCCGCGGGAAAUGAGGGGGAAAAGAGGUUUACAGUCCGAAAAUUAGUUUGAGUGUUUCAUUGCAAGUCAUGUUAAUAAACUAAAAAUUAAGAUACAAUGAAAUACAAUUGUGUACUGUUUGUGCAACUUAAAAAAAAAAGACUGGAGAUAAGAUGGUGGACGUGACUCCUGUGACUUUUUCAACAUAUACAGCUAGUCCCCGGGUUACGACGGGCUCUUCUUACGCGAUUUCGACUUACGACGCUGGAGUUUCGUCCGCCAUUUUGUCUCCAAUCGUUUUUUGUUGGUUUUUUUAAAGCUACCUAAAUGGUACCAUAUUGUACAAAAUCUUAUUUUUAACUUUAUUAACUUGACGUGUUCCACUAAACUGUGAAGUUGUUCAGCUUGACAGACAGCAAACAAGGCAAUUGUGUUUUUUGACGCUUUUUCCCUCCUUUACUUUUGACAUUUUGUAAAGCUGUAGCACACAUAUUGAACGUACACUUAUGUUUAAAACGUCACAAAUUUUAACAAUAAAAAACACAACAGUCAAUAUGUAAACAGAGCUUUUUCCGUUGAAAAUUCUUGUGACUCAAUACUUAAAUCCCUGGAUUCUUUAUGGACAUAAAAGAGUCUCGAUUCUUGGUUAAAAGCAAAAACGUGCUGGUAGCAUUUUUUUUUUUUUUUUUUUUACGUGAAUAUUGCGAAGUAUAAUGCCAAUGUUGUAGUGGCUAAUUUCUGCCAUUGGUUUUUUUUCACAACGUUUCAAAAUGCAUGCAUGGUACGAAAAAUAGAACUAUCCUCGAACAAAUCACUCCCGUGACGAUCCUCCCAGUUUGUAUGCGGGACAGCUUUUGUACUUUUUCAACAUAAAUCCGGCGUUGGAUCGCUGCAUGUGUCGCUGUGACCUACUGCGAAUAACUGAAGCACAUUGUGGCAUGGCCCCCUACUUGAAGGCGUGGCGCACUGAAGGUCGAAUCUGACCCGUCAAUAUCAUUAUGAACUCUAUAUAACCAUGUCAGAGGAGUCUCCUACUCAGUUAUAGAAGACCAGCCACACCCAAUGCUGCCACCAGAGGGCAGUGUAUUCUCCAUCAUUAACCCCGUACAGCCUAAUAUAUCACAUUUGAUACACUUAGAAUUUCAUUAUUUUGAGACUAAUUUAGGGUUAGGGUUUUUUUUUUUUUUUUUAAAUUGAUGGCUGCAAGUCAACACAUGCAUCUGUGAGGAAAAAAAAAUCUGGAUUUAACUAGGGUUAUAGAUAUUACAGCGCUUAUUACACAUAUUUUGAUUUUUUUUUUUUUUUUUACAAAUUUGAAAAAAGUAAAAUUAGGACCUUUUUUUUUUAAUUGGGAUUCUCUGACAAUUGCAUCAUGUUGGGUUUAAAGUAGGGCUGUCAAACGAUUACAAUUUUUAAUCGAGCGAAUUACGGCUUAAAAAUUAAUCGUAAUUAAUCGCAAUUCAAACCAUCUAUAAAAUAUGCCAUAUUUUUCUGUAAAUUAUUGUUGGAAUGGAAAGAUAAGACACAAGAUGGAUAUAUACAUUCAACAUACGGUACAUAGGUACUGUAUUUGUUUAUUAUAACAAUAAAUCAACAAGAUGGCAUUAACAUCAUUAACAUUCUGUUAAAGCGAUCCAUGGAUAGAAAGACUUGUAGUUCAUAAAUGUUAUUACAAGUUAUAGAAAUUUUAUAUUAAAACCCCUCUUCAUGAUUUCGUUUUAAUAAAAUUUGUAAAAUUUUUAAUCAAAAAAUAAACUAGUAGCCCGCCAUUGUUGAUGUCAAUAAUUACACCAUGCUCAUGGGUGCUCAAACCCAUAAAAUCAGUCGCAUCCAAGCGCCAGCAGAGGACGACAAAACUCCAAAAAACACAAGUAACAAGUUGGCAUUGCACUGUGCUGUCAUUUUAAUCUGUUUGAGCGGGGCAUGUGCAUUUAUUGCGUCAAAUAUUUUAACUUGAUUAAUUUAAAAAAAUAAUUACCGCCCGUUAACGUGAUAAUUUUGACAGCUCUACUUUAAAGGAUUUACCAAAAGGGUUAAACAAAAAAUUCUUGGUCUUUUUGGAUAGUUUAUUUAUUUAUUUAUUUAAGGGUUAUUCCCGAUUUACACGAAAAUCGGGUUACGUCACCAGCGUAAGAAUGAAACUCGUUCAUAACCAGUGGACUACCUUUAAAAUGCGUUUGGACUUUUUGGAUAGUUGUUUUAAUAAAGGGUUAAUUCCAAAUUGCGCGGAAAUUCCGGUUACGUCGCCUGGGACGACCACUAUAUUUAAUCGUUUUUUUUGUUUUUUUUUAAAAUAAUUGACCAAAAUUUCUCCCUAACACCAGGGGGUGCUGCGGCACCCUACUUCCCGUGCCACAAUGCCAGCAAACGAACAAAAGGCAGCCAACGAGCUCUCAGUCAUUUUAAAAUUGCACCCCCUAUUCCCCCCCCUCAAAAAAAAUCCAUACAUGCUUUUACAACCCCCUAACUUUUUUUUCUUCCAUGAUUUAGACAUUUUUCAGAUCACAGACUUUAAGCUUAAACAUGGCAUUCAUUUGCUGCUAGACCUCCCACAUCAAAUGGCUUGGACGUCUAUCACCGUCAAUGGCAGCCAAUGAGUGAAUGAAAAGAUGCCCAUCCCUCAUGAAUUCCUCUGUGCUGGUGUCAUCUCUCCCCCUCAGGGACCCUCCUCCCAGUCAUUUUUUUUUGCAUUUUUCUUCAGCAAGCAGACAGCCAUCAUGCACAAACUGCUUCGUCAGCCGCCGUUCCCGAAGGCCCUAGUCAUCAAUUGCAACCCGUGAAUGCAAAAGUCAACUUUACCUCGACGAAGACUCAGCAAUAGACCCCGCCACCGACGCGACGUUCCCAGUACUGUGUGUGAAGGCCAGUGAUGGAAGUGUAUGUGUGAUCAUGUUAAGAAUGGAGCCGAGAGGAGAUGAAAUGGACUCAACACUGGGUGCUUGUUUCAUCUUUUGCUGUAAAUACAUGUCAAAAUGGACCGAAUGAAGUUCUUUGUUAAACUAUUUUUAUUCUGGAAGAGUAAAAAAUAAAAAUCGUAAAAUUGUCUUUAUAUGAUUAAAAGAGCCAGAGAGAAUAAUGGGUUUGAGAGCAAGGUUAAGGGUUUCAAUUUAAAGCAACACUUUAACUUUUCAACCUUUAUAACCAGUGGCGUCUCCAGAAAUUUUUCAUUGGGGUGGCCAGAUGGGGCCACUUAAAAUCUUGGGGUGGCCAAAACUAAAAGCCAUAAUUUUUGGUUUUCAUUAUAUUAUCGCAGUAAAAAGGUCAGGGGAAAACUAUCAGAAAGACUUAAGGACACGGCUACUGACUGAUAUACUUUGGUGUAUUGUGUAAUAUUUGAUGUCACUAAUGAUUUAAUGUGCAUAGUCCAGUCAUCAUUUUGAGUUCCACAACAAUUCUGUUUUAUCUAGGGCUGUCAAACGAUUAAAGUUUUUAAUCGAAUUAAUUACAGCUUUAAAAUUAAUUGGUCAUAAUUAAUCGCAAUUCAAACCAUCUCUAAAAUAUGCCUUAUUUUUCUGUAAAUUAUUGUUGGAAUGGAAAGAAGACUGAUACUGUAUAUACAUUCAACAUACUGUACAUAAGUACUGUAUUUGUUUAUUAUAAUAAUAAAUCCACAAGAUGGCAUUAACAUUAUUAACAUUCUUUCUGUGAAAGGGAUCCACGGAUAGAAAGACUUGUAAUUCUUAAAGGAUAAAUGUGAGUUUGUAUAAUGUGACUAAAUAUUGCCAUCUAGUGUAUUUGUUGAGCUUUCAGUAAAUGAUACUGUAGCGACUUAACUGUUCUGCCCAAAUGCAUGAUGGGAAGUGGUGCAACCAUGACUGUGUGUGGUGGCUGCAAAUGCUAUAUCUUCUCUGCGUUGGGUACACUAUAGGGUGUUAAAAAAAAGAUAGACUCCGGUCAUCCUUCCCCACGCUUCCC